CAAAAACACUCGGCUCAAAUCGGACAUUUCCGUCGAUUGUCGGAUUUUAAAAAGAUGGCGAUGGCUCUUCUAAAGUCUUCGACGUUGUUGUUGCUUAACAGAAGGUUGUUGCUGAAUCCUCUUUGUUCAUACCACAAAAAGGUUGUGGACCACUACGAAAACCCAAGAAAUGUGGGCUCUUUAGAUAAAAAGGCAAAAAAUGUGGGGACUGGUUUGGUAGGUGCACCAGCCUGUGGAGACGUCAUGAAACUUCAGAUUGAGGUGGAUGAGAAAGGUAAGAUCGUGGAUGCCAAGUUCAAGACGUUUGGCUGCGGAUCAGCCAUUGCUUCCAGCUCUUUAGCAACCGAGUGGGUUAAAGGGAAGUCGGUCGAUGAAGCUUUGAGGAUCAAGAACACAGACAUUGCCAAAGAGCUCUCACUUCCGCCUGUGAAACUUCACUGCUCCAUGCUGGCAGAAGACGCCAUCAGAGCGGCUCUGUCGGACUACAGAAUCAAACAAGACAAGGAGCAGAAGAGUGCCGACGUCAGCAGUUAAUUUGUCACCAUUAACCAUCCAUGAAAGGCUGGGGUGGGGUUCCUCGGGGAUGUCAGAAGUGAUUAUGUCAUCACAGGAUUGUACAGGAAGAUUCAGCUCAAAUAGUCUAAAAAUAUGUACUAAUUUCUUUUUUUGGCUAUAAUUUUAACAAAUACAUAUUUGUGUUUAUGAUGCUACUAUUAUUCCCAUAUCUACCAAAUAAAUGAAUAGAAAAAUA